AAUGCUUCUUGAAAAUAACCAGACUGAAUGGUAACAUUUCGAUGACUUCAGUUCGCACAUGUACGUAAAGUUUACGAAGCAAACGUCCUUGUCUAAGUCUUGUGUAACAGAACUUAACCACGGCAAGGCAGGGGUUAAGUUUUCUUGCUAGAAAGUAACAAGGCUGAAUUCGAUAAAUGACCAAAAAAACGGGCCCGAGCCCUCCUCUCCACUUGUCAGUCCUCCUGAGAACUGAUAUGUGGCUCUGCGUGAAAACUGGAAGUGUGAGUGCGCACUCCUGCUUUUCAUCCACUUCCCACACAGCAACAUCUGUGCGCGCUAUUCAUCUCAUGAUCUGAUUUGUCACCGGCUUACAGGAGGGAAUUAUUUUUUCUAGCUUUGCUGCCAUGGCAAAAUGGUCACUUUUAUUCUUAUGCUUUUUCCAAGGACUGCUUCCCCUCAUCUGUGGGCAGCAGCAGCAGCGCACAGCUGGCCCCUGGCGGCACCGGAUUCAGUGGGAGAACAACGGGCAGGUUUAUAGUUUAAUGAGCACUGGAUUAGAGUACCAGGCUCCGGUUCGGUCCAGAAGUCAGUCGAGAGUUUAUGUGACCAGCAGGAGAGAUGGGACCAGAAGCCAAAUACUAGGAGCGCACAGAGCAGCGACGCCUGUAAGACCUGGACCAGCCGAGUCCAGACAGUUUAGAACUGAUCACGCUGUAGAACCAGCAUCUAAUGCGCCAGGACGCGCUGUUAGACAGCACGCGUCUUUCAAUGGUCGUGCGUCAGGGACCAGACAGCAGCUUGAGCGUCCUUACGGAACAGGAGCUGCAGGUUAUCCAGACGCACGACGUUUGAACCCCGAACACACCAACACUAUCAACGCCUCAGCCCCGGGGGGGUAUAUAGAUUCUCCAGGCAGAAGAAGAGACGUCAGCGUGGAUGCCACUGCACUGCACGCCAGGAGAGGAGAACCAGGGCAAGGUGCGCAAUACCAAGAGUUACGUGCGGUGCCAGAGGACAUGUCUGUCUCCAGGCAGCCUGCACAGGCGGAUCACUCCAUCUCAGAUUAUUCCAGAACUCUGGAAAGGCAAUCUGAAGCUCUUGCUCCAUUCCCUGCACCCAGUGAGGAUGGUUCAAAUGAGGCAGUCGGUAAUGGAGAGGAGAUGGUUAACGAUGACCCUCGAAAUCCGUUUAAAAACCACAGGAAUUCUGUUUUCUACAACACCUAUCCUUCAGGAGGGAGGUCAGUAGCCCGCACGCGCCGUCCACCUGGCGCAGGACAUGGAACAAGAUAUUUUCAAAAUGGCCUGCCAGACCUUGUGCCAGACCCAUAUGCCAUCCAAGCAGGUGCUUACGUCCAGCGUAUGCAGAUGUAUGCGCUCCGCUGUGCCGCUGAGGAGAACUGUCUCGCCAGGUCGGCUUACGGACCCGCUGUGAGAGACAUCGACUUUAGAGUCCUGCUGCGGUUCCCCCAGAAAGUGAAGAACCAAGGCACCGCUGACUUCCUUCCUGUCAAGCCAAGAUAUCAGUGGGACUGGCACAGCUGUCACCAGCACUACCACAGCAUGGACGCCUUCAGUAACUACGACCUGCUGGACGUCGUCACUGGACGUAAAGUGGCCGAGGGACACAAGGCCAGUUUCUGCCUGGAGGACACAGGCUGUGACCCCGGGUUCAGGCGACGCUAUGCCUGCACGUCUCACACACAGGGACUGAGCCCUGGAUGCCAUGACAUCUACGCUGCCAACAUCGACUGUCAGUGGAUUGACAUCACUGAUGUACCUCCAGGAAACUACAUUUUGAAGGUUACUGUCAAUCCCAAUUUCCACGUCCUGGAAUCAGACUUCACCAACAACAUAGUGAGAUGUGAUAUCAUAUAUACAGGAGUUUAUGUCCAGACACGCCACUGUCGAGUGACAAGAGGUUGAAAUCUUCCUGACUGAGAGCUUUCUGCAGGAGUUAUGCAGCGAACAUCUCACCCUGAUCUGUACAGCAGCAUCGACUCUAUGACGAACAAAAAGUGCAGUUGGUUAAAGUGUUUCAUUACAACUGCAGACUGCACAGUCCUGCGCUGCAUUUACUAGACAUAAAUGCAAACGUUUACAUAAAUUUUGUACAUUAAACUGGUAAAACCAUCAGAUUUACUGUGCCAUGAUUCAUAACAAAAAGAUACAAGUACUGUGUUCAUAUACAUUUAAUUCAUGAAUGCUGGUUUACUGCUUGAAAUGUGCCUCUUGUUGUCUUUGUCUUGUUUUUCCUGCCCUGUGUUAUUGUUGUGUUUGCAUCAUUAGUUUUUACGGAUUUAUUUUAAAGGUAAAAUAUUGGGGUUUUUUAUGUGUAAUUUUUUUGCUACUGUCCACAAAUCUUACGAAAACACCAAAAUCAUCAGCAUGUUAGUUUGCCUCUCAAUACUUUCCUAAUUCCCUACCCAUUCUGGGGCACCCAGUACCACGCCCAUUUGGUUGCUACUGAAGACAUAAAACUUCAAAAUCAGGUCACAGAUGUAUUGUUUCAUUUUUAAAAGGACUAAUUUGCCCAUCGUUUUUGGACAUCAGUGGGGCACAGAGGAAUAAAAUAUGUGUGACCCUGGGUACACAGACACCACAUGUUAGUGGUAUGAACCCAUCGCUGGUGUUGGUCCGUUUAAUGGGAUUUGUUGACAGCAAGAAAAAUAGAGAAUAUCGCCUGACUUACCCUUUAAACACUUGGUGGUCACUUUAGCUAACUGCAAAUACCGUAUUUUAUUAUAAUUAGUAGUGUAUAUGUUGGAGUGUUUUGCUUGUUGAAUGUGCGCUUGUGUAUAACUGAGUGAAUGAAAAAUGUGGAAAACUGUAAUGUAAAACUGUUCAUUCUGCUAAAACAUUGAAAACUUGUUAUGUUCUGUUGGUAUUUUGGAUUUAACGCAAUAAAGAUGGUGAGGAGA